AUGAUGAACUGGGCCAAAAAGACAAUGGCCAAUGUUGCCGGCACAGCAGAACCAAUCUAUGGACCGUCAGCGAUUAUACCAGUCGGCAAGCAAGCAGAAACCACGCCAUACACCGAACUUUCGAGAGAAGAUAUGAAAUGGGUCGCUAUGGACUCAACGAGCGUAGAGACUCAGACUUUCUACUUCAUGGCUAAUAGUGGACACAUUGCUAUGGCGCAAGUUAUACACAGUAAUGUUAUUGGCGUGCGAACCACAACUCAGUUCAACUGCAAGAUCUCCUAUCCUAAAGGCAGCUCAAAGCCUAAUCUCUGGAGUUCCGAUCAACUCAGCAACGUCGAGUUCAGUGAUGAUAAAACCUGCUUCUAUGCAGACGAUGUUGCCAUUGAUCUAUCUGAGGACGGCACAGAAUAUACUAUCAAAUCCAUGACAAAUGAAGCAUCCAUCGUCAACCUCACAGUGACUCGAGUUGCUCCGGGUUUCCAUGUCGGUAAAGAUGGCAAAUCAUAUUAUGGCACAGAUCCAAAGGCUCCUUGGGGUUCGAUGAGACAUGCAUUUUGGCCACGAACUAUCACCAAAGGAUCCAUUACAACCAAAGAUGGGUCAAUAGACUUCAAGGGCAAGGCAUUGUUCAUACAUGCGCUCCAGGGAAUGAAACCACAUCACGCUGCCGCAAAGUGGAAUUUUGUUAACUAUCAAGGUCCACAAUUUUCAGCCAUAAUGAUGGAAUACACAACACCUCCAGCAUAUGGUUCUACCGUUGUCAGUGUUGGUGGCAUAGUCAAGGAUGGUGAAAUCAUCUGUGCCGGAGCUGGAAAUACCGCAAAACACACCCGGAUCAAGAAUGAUGAGGAUGCUGGCUGGCCGGAACCAGAGGCGGUCAAAUUUGAUUGGCAAGGAAAGACAAAGGACGGAAAAUCUGUUUCUGGUUUAAUCGAAACAGACCUUGAGGAAAGACUCGAUAGAGUUGAUAUCAUGGCUGAAGUCCCUGGGUUUGUCAAGAAAAUUGUGGGCAAUGUUGCUGGAACAAGACCAUAUAUCUACCAGUACUCCCCGCGUAAUAAGCCAACAACCUUGACACUAAAGAUUGGAGAUGAAGUGAUUACAGAGGAGGGAGUUUUAUACACAGAAGCCACGUUUAUUUCCGAAUGA